AUUUAAUAUCAAUCGAAAUGAUAAAACGGGCGUUUAUUUUAUGUACUCCCCAUGGUGACGCACUAAUACACAAUGGCAAGGUACACAAAUGUAAAUCCGAAGAUGGAUUAAAAGAAUUUAUCGUCGAAAGAGCUUUACUUGAAAACGUUGGCAAUGAACCGUUCCUCGUCAUGAUUGAUGGUACAGUGUACAGCAUCCCUACUGAUGAAUACAUUCCUGUGCACGAAGACAAAGCACCUCUUGGCGGACAAGAUCCUACACUUAAGUCAUCGUUAAAAACUCGCCACCAGCAAACAAUAUACCAACGGUUCGGUAAUCUGAGGUGGUGGGCAAAAUGCAUUCGUCACUAAGCGUGAUAUAUGGCGCUACAUUGCUUCGCAGAUGUCCAAACGUGGCUACCAGUUGGAUGAAACACAAGUGGAAAAUCGUCUUAAGUCGUGCAUCGAGUGUUUAAGAACUCCUCUGCCAUAAAUUCACCUACAAAGAAAUCCUUUGU